AUGCAUGUGUUCGAUCCGUUUUGGUUCGGCUACACUCGGUUGGGCCACUUUCGAAAGACGGGGUCCGUACGUGGCCGCUUCUGGUUGGAAUGCGUGGAAGAUCUCCGAAACUCCCUCGAGACACGAGGACAGCACCUCUUCCUCAGAUUUGGCAUGUCUGCAGCCGCAGCAUUGCAGCAGCUGACUGCCCAAGUCCAGAUCGCCACAGUCUUCACCUUUGCGGAGGUCUGCUCUGAAGAGCUCCAGCAAGAGGCUGAGUUCGAGGAAGCUUUGCGACAGAUUGGAGGCUCUGCCAAGCUCGUGCGCUGUUGGGGUUACACUUUGCACCACAUCGACGACCUUGCGCAGGGCUGUGGCAAGCCACCGGAGAGGUGGAUCAAUCCGUCCCUGUCCUUCGGCGCCUUUAAGCGCGAGAUGCGCAGCUGCAGGGUCCGCCCGGUGGCGGCUGAGUGGCAGCACCUGCCAAAGUCAGGAGGGCUUUCCAGACCACCCGAUGUGGACGAGGCAUGGUGGGGGGACGUCCCUUCGCUGGCAGCCCUGGGCUACAGCCGGGAGGAGCUUCAGGAAGCGGAGGAGGCGCGCCGCCUCUCCGCGAUCCCGUGGCGCGGUGGGGAGAGCCUGGCGCUGGCCCGGCUCCAGGCCUACAUCUGGGACCGCCGAGCCCUAAAGCAGUAUGUGGGCACCACCGAUUGGACCGCCAACGGCAAGUGCACGGCUCCCAACGACCAAACCUCCAAGUUAUCUCCCUACUUGGCCUUUGGCUGCUUGUCUCCCCGCCUGCUGUACUGGGAGAUCCAGCGCUUCGAGAAGGGAGACCGCUGCAAAGGUGCCAAAGGCUUGAUUAACUCCCUUCUCUGGCGCGACUUCUACCGCUUCAUCGUCCACUACGCCUGGGGAAACCGGAUGUAUCAUCUAUACGGCCCCAUGAACUGCGGCUCCGUCCCGGGCGGCCACAAGACACCAACCAAAUGGUGCUGCAAGCACUACAACAAUCUCUUCGGAGGCUCGGACCCUCGGCUCUGGACCUGGGAGAGGAACUUGGAGAAGUUUGGGAAGUGGGCCUCGGGCACCACUGGAUAUCCCUUCGUGGAUGCCGCGAUGCUGGAACUGAAGCAGACGGGCUACAUGCUGCACCUCAAUCGGGAGACUGUGGGCUGGUUCUUCGUCCGCGAUCUUCAAGUCGACUGGCGACUGGCAGCCGAGUGGUUCGAGAGCCGCCUCCUGGACUACGACUGCGUGCUGAACUGGGGCAACUGGGCCUACUUCAUCCUGACCCAGCUUCCAGCACGCGAAGAUGACCGUCCUGGUGGCGGGCCGCGAUACACACUCCCCAGGUACUCUCCCUACCUGAUGGCCACACAGGUGCUCGGCUGGGGUCGAGAUCAUGACCCAUCCGCCGGAUACGUGAAAAAGUGGAUCCGAAGCCUGGGAUCCCUGCCGGCAGAGUUGGCGCGAGAGCCCUGGAAGCUGCAGGCCGGCGACCUCGACCUGGAACCGGUGAGCGACGAUUUUUGGUCCUGCGCAACGUGCACGCUGCACAACCCACCGACAAAUCGACGAUGCGAGGCCUGCAACAGCCGGCGCCCUGCUUGUUCAUCUGCAAACACCACGGCGCUGGGCAUCUACGCAGAGCAGCCGAUGGUGCCUCCACCUCCCGAGGACAGCAUGGGUCUUUGUGCGAAUUGUGGCAGCGUGGACGCCGGCUGGGCCAGCGAGGAGGCGGUGUUCUACUGCGAGACCUGCUGGGGGCAGUGGGCCACAGACACGGUGACGCUUGGAGGAGACACGCUCCGUGCCCGGUCGCUCUCCGGAGCGGAGUUGGGCGAAAGGGAGAUCAGUUUCCUGGCCGGA